AUGACAUUUGGAAUUGUAUUAGACAACGAGCUAGUUAAGAAAUGUGCUAGGCUGAGCGAUCGUCCCGGUAAACAGAGAAACGCACGUAUAGUGAUGACUACCCUGCUACUCACUGAGCAAAUAACACGAGAAGACCACGGCUCGGAGGGAAACUACGUCCUGUAUGGAUCCUCUUGUGCCCAAAUCACCGAGGAAGCUGAAUAUGUGAAAAAGCUUCCUCAAGUCUCGGGCAGUAAAGCAGAGCCACAGAACAGCGGCUGUAGCUGGAGCUGCAGUCCCGUUGCAAGGACGAUGAAGGAAACAGAAGAGCAGCUGCUGCUGGUGAGCAGGGAAAACCAAGUGCUGAAGAUCAAGCUGGAAGCCAUGAGAGAAGCAGGUGUACAGGCUCUCAGAUCUGCCUCCCAGAAGCUGUAUGAGACUUACCAGACUCGGUCAGAAGAACUGAGAAAAAGCCAUGAGAAUGAGAAGCAGCAAAUACAGGCCUGCAACCUCCAACAAGAAGAGAAGCUCCAGGAAAGCGCGGAAAACACCAGCUGCCUUGCUGAAGGCAUCAGGGAAAAAUGUACCCGCAUCGCAGAGAUGGAGAAGCGCGUGCAAAGGAUGGAGGAGGAAAAGAGAACUCUGAUAGAGAAGAAAAUGUCAUUUGAAAAGAUGCUUCAACAGAUGAUGUCAGGGAACGAAGACAGCAAACGGUGCCUGGAUCUCCAGAGGCAGAUUUCUACCCUGCAGGAGCAGAUCUACCACCUGCAGCGUGUGAUCCAGGCGCAGCACCGCGGCCUGCGCGGCGUGAUACAGGAGGCAGAGGAACUGAAUAACAAACUCAGAAGCCAAGAUAAAAAAAUAGAAAACCUGACGGAGAAGCUGACUGCAUUGGAAGCACAGAAUAAAGAACUGAAAGACAGAGUGGAGUUCUGGUCUGGCCAGCCCAAGACUAAAGUUUCAAAAGCCGUCUGGACAGACACCACGCGAGAUUUUGGAGCUUUUGGAGUAUCCCCUUACCGGCUGCUCAGCAGGCUAAGGAAGCAAGAGAGCUAA